UGAAUACUUUUAAUAUGACAUCUAUGCGUAAACAAAACGAUUUCAUUAAGUUGUUUAAAUUGGUUCUGUAAAUUUUAAUUGUUUUAUAAUGGAUAACGAAUUGCGAGCGAAAAUUGAUAUGUGUUCCCAAACUGCGGAAACGUUUACUAGUUUGUAUUAUAAUGCUGUGGAUAAGCGUCGCCAUCAAGUAAGUCGUUUAUAUUUAGACAACGCGACGUACAUAUGGAAUGGAAACCCAUUUAUUGGGAAGGACAAAAUUCAGAGUUUCUUUUUAGAAUUACCAGCGUCAGAACACAACAUUACAACGCUUGAUGCACAACCAAUUAUAGAUGAAAGUAUGACAGGAACGACAACCGUAAUCAUCAAAGCAGCUGGUACAAUUAAAUAUCAAGAUCAACCAACGAAGGCUUUCUGUCAAACUUUCGUCGUCACAGCUGUAGAAAAUAAGUGGAAAAUAGCUUCAGAUAUUUUUCGCCUGCAAGAAGUGGCUUCAGAUAGUUAGAAUUAGAACAUUUAUUUAACACUUUGUAUGAUUAAAAUUUGUAUAGAACAAUAAUGUAAACAUAAAAACAAUAAAAUACAUAUA